AUAGUCGAUUACAGCCCGGCUACGUAAAGGGGAGGCGACUCCGUUAGUCACAGACCGCACAAUAAAGAGAACUCAGCCCGUACCAGACAACGAAGCAGCAUCUGCAGUCCGUUUCAAACUCGCUUGCAAACUUGGCCAUUGCAGUAAGCAACAGGACAGCGCAGACCAGCAAACACAGACCAGCCGACACAUCUCACAAGGACCGCAUCGGGCCGGUUCUGCUAUGUCUUGGGCUCUGUUUCUCGGGACGGUUCUGCUCGCUUCCUCGCUGAAGUUUUCCGCCGCGGAAGGUUCCCAUGAUGAAAGCCACGAUAUGGACCAGCGAGAGAUCACCCUUGAGAUCAUAGGUCCUGACAGCAUCUCUCCAGACAUGUUCCAGCGAGAAGUCGACCCCCUGGAGUCGCUGGCUUUCCUGCAGCGCCCCGCGGGUGAGCCGUGCCGGGGGGUGCCGUCGUGUCGCUGGACGGAGGGCGGAGUAUUUCAGCCGGCAGAUCAGAGCGGCGUUCCGGAGGUCAGUUUCCCUCCCGGCCGCCCCAGUGCGGAAAACAUGGGGAACGCGUGCCUGUACCGCGGACGGAGGGCCACGCACCCGCCCCACACCCUCCCGCAGACCGGAUACAGUCACCUGGGACGCCGGGCCCAGGCAGUCAAUUCCGUGGAGGCGGGGCUAGAACACUGCUGCGGAACCUCCGACCCGCUGUGCUGCACACGACACGCGUGGAUGGAAGCGCUGCAGCAGUUCUGUCUGGAGGAGUCGUCGAUUAAGACCAGGCAGUAUCAUUGCUGCUUGAAGCAGGGAGAGGAGAAAUGGGGGUGCUUCCAAAAGGACGCCCCCAACCCUGGCUACAACCCCACAGGGCCGGAGGUCGAGGGCGCCCAAGGGGGGGCCAAGAAGUCUGAAGGCGCCCCCCUGUUACGAUUUUCCUGGAACCCCCAAUUCUGCAACAGUGAGAGCAAGGCGGUACUGCAGCCCAGGGGUGCCCGUGGGUCCCAGCUAGACCUUCCCAAACUGAGCUUCCCUCCCGGCAGACCCUCCCCCUCCAACCUGCGCAACGCAUGCAAACUGCGCAAGCUCCGCCCCUGGUACCCACCCAAGUGCCUGCCCAGCAGCGGGUAUGGCUGGUUCCUGCGCCAAUCAAAGGCCAUCAACCGCAUGGAGGCGGAGCUUAAGAAGUGCUGCAAAGUGGGGACGGAGGUGUUGAAAUGCGCAGACAGCAAGUGGAGGGAGGUGAUGGACAGUUACUGUGCUCAGGAGCUCUCUCUGAAGACGACUCACCAUCCUUGCUGCUCUGAGACCGGGGAUCCCCGAUACCUGUGCUUCGCUGGGGACGCCCCGUACCCCAAAUACGACCAUGAGAUCACCAACAUCAGCCUGGCGCGCCUCACCCCCAGCGCCAUGCAGACCCUCUGCGCGCCGCACAGACUGCUGUCCAGGAGGUUCUCUGUGCCCUUGCUGGUGGGGAGGCUGAGGGAGCAGUGCUGUGGACUAGCGGAGACUGAGAGGGUGCGCUGUGCAGAGAGAGAGAAAGAGGCCAUGUGUCAAACUGACCACACAUCUCCAAAUGACAAGCAUCCAUUCUGUACCCAUAGCAACAAGCUGCAUGCAGUUCCCAUAGCAACCGCCAUGGCAACGCAAGCCAUGAAGUGUCCACUUUAAGAAGCAGCAGCAGCAGCAGCAGCGAAGGAUCCCGGAGCCAUGAUUUCUGAUUUUCCACUUGGGCAGGAUCGGGUGGAACGAGAUGGAAUUACCCGCACAUCAGUGGGUCGGCAGGAAGUUAGAUUUUCGGUUCUGGGGUCGGUCUUUAAUUACAAAUUGCAAUUCCAAUUCCAGCGCUGCUUCGCUCCAUUACAGAUUCCAGUUACAAACGCUGCUGCUGUAAUUACAAUGCGAAUUACAAGGGUGCUGAAAAGAGGUGAACGACGACACACACACACACACACACACACACACACACACACACACACACACACACACACACACACACACACACACACACACACCCUCACACACACACACACACACACACACACACACACACAGUCACAUGUGCUACACUGAAUGUAUUCUAAAUAACAUCAUCUUCAUCAUCAUCAUCAAUCAUCAUCUUCAUCAUCAAUCAUCUUCAUCAAUCAUCUUCAUCAUCAUCAUCAUCAUCAUCAUCAUCAUCAAUCAUCUUCAUCAAUCAUCUUCAUCAUCAAUCAUCUUCAUCAAUCAUCUUCAUCAUCAUCAUCAAUCAUCUUCAUCAUCAUCAUCUUCAUCAUCAAUCAUCAUCUUCAUCAUCCAUCUUCAUCGUCCAUCAUCAUCUUCAUCAUCUUCAUCAUCCAUCUUCAUCGUCCAUCAUCAUCUUCAUCAAUCAUCAAUCAUCUUCAUCUUCUUCAUCAUCUUCAUCUUCUUCAUCAUCUUCAUCAUCCUCAAUCAUCUUCAUCAUCCUCAAUCAUCUUCAUCAUCAUCAUCAUCUUCAUCAAAUAUAAUUCAGUCUCUUUCCUUUCUGCUGCUCCCCCAACCCCUUUACCUUAUUAAAACGCUUGGAAUCGUUCACAGUCGUUCAGGUAUUCACAGAGAAUUCCAUUUUUUACUUUAUUUUUCCCACCUCUGUUUUGCUAAAUAAAAGUAUAUUUUCUUGUAUUGUGUGUUGCUUUCAUAAAUAUUAAACGGUGUCUACGUCA